UUUGGUGGAAUUAUCAGAUGCCUGUGGAAGUGGAAGUUGCUGUGCUUUUCAUCGUACGAGCUCACAAUGGCAGGAAGGUGGAGUCUGAAGGCUAACGAGAGGAGCAGGCAGAGUGGAAUAGCCCACGUCUUCAACAGGCGGGGGUCUAGGGAGGGAGGGCCCUUUUCUGACUGAAAUCACAAAGUUAAAGGAAAAUGUAACUGUUGGAUUGCUGGCGUCUCUGCACCCUGGGCGUCCGCACAGAUUGAGUUUUAUUUUCCAUUGAAUGGUUGGCAUUUUGUGAAGUUGAAGAUCAGUAGUCGUCUCUGGGUUUGACUCGUGACCGGGUAUCGCUGCACUGUGUCGGUUCACUUGCAUCGGAACACAAGCCUGUUGGGUGAUCGCUCGCCAUGGCAAAGUGGUUCAAAGACUUCCAGCUGAGCUUGAAGACUCGACCGAAGACAGAGGACACUGGGGUAGCCCGGAGCGGGACAGAGGGCGAGGGGGCGAACAGGAGUCGGCGAGCCACCCAGGGUGAGGUGACCCCGCGGGGAGUUGGCAGAGAGGUAAAAAGCGCAACAGAGAGAGGGCGCGGAGAAUCGGGGCUGGGGAAGCUCGGCAAGGCGGUAAGUGCCGGCAUACAGGGAAAAUCUACCGGCCUUCAGGGAAAGACUGUUGGCACCGCCGUUUUACGAGGCAAAACCGAAACAAACAAAAGCCUGAUUCACGGGAAGAAUCCCACAGGACUGAUUAAGAAUGGGUUAACCAUAAAGAAGGAUAAUGGGAAACUGAUCAAGGGGUAUGGGGAGAAUGGAAACAGUAUCCCUGGAAAAAGCAUCAAAAAUUCCCUUGCUGAUCCCGGGAGUGGGGACGAAAUUGGAAAGUCGGUCGGAAAACCGUUGUUAAAACGGGGACAAAAUCUCAGCAAAUCGGGACAAAGUUUAUCCGGGAAGCUCGGCUUGAAUCCAGGGAAAAUUACAGGCAAGAGCCCGGCCAAAACAGAAUUGAAAACUGAUCCGAUAGCUGGCAAGCCAGACCCAAAAACUGGGAAGGCCGACCUGAAAGUGGGGAAGGUGGACAUGAAAAGUGGGAAACCCGAUCUGAAACUGAAGAAGGCGGAUCUGAAGACAGGAAAACCGGACACUAAAACGCCCAAGACCCCCGAUUUGAAACCUGGAAAGACUGACCUGAAACCGAGCAAGCCAGCAGCUCAAACCCCUGGGAAAACUGCAUUAAAUCUCGGGAAAAUAACCGGGACCAAUCCUGGGAAAAAUGUAUUGAAAUCUGGAAAGACGGGACAAAGCCUGGGGAAAACAGGAUUGAAUCUUGGAAAAAUAACGGGAGCAAAACCCGGCAAAUCAGUACAGAACCCAGGGAAGCUCUCAGGGUCAAACUAUAUCUUGUCCAAACACCGACUGAUCAAAGUGGAAAACCAGGAGAAAAAUGGGAAAAAUCUUCUGAACAGGAUUCAGAGUGUGAAAAAGGAGGAAGAAACUGGGAAAGCCAAGCAGGACAUGAUCAUCAUUAUGGAGGAUUAUGCGGACCCCUACGAUGCCAAGAAACGAGAGACGGGACAGAACGAGGCCGAGCGGGUGGGGGAAAACGACGGCUACAUGGAACCAUACGACGCACAGCAAAUGAUAACAGAAAUCCGAAGGCGGGGGUCAAAGGAUCCACUUGGGAAGCAGUCCCUGUUGUACGACAGUCCCUAUGAGCCGGGGGAGAUGGGAGCCAAGACGGAGGGCGUGGGGAACGCCGCGAUGGAGAGGACGGGGACCCCGUGGCCAAUCGACGGCUGCCUGCCGGAGAACGACGGGCGGCCGGCCGCAGAGUACGAGCAGCCCUGGGAGUGGAAGACGGAGCACAUCGCCAAAGCAUUGGCAGUCCAGUUUGACUCUGCGGAAAGAGUGUCCCCACCGAAAGAGGAGAAAGUCAGGCACCACGCCAGGCACCCGAGCUGGACUCAGAAGGCACCAAAGCAACAGAUCUCGGAGAGCUGUGACUCGGGAGAGAAGGUGGAUCCAACCAUUCCAUUAGAAAAACAACUCUGGUAUCAUGGAUCCGUCACACGGCAGGAGGCUGAGUCACGCCUGCAGGCCUGCAAGGAAGCCAGUUACCUGGUACGCAACAGUGAGUCAGGAAACUGCAAGUACUCACUCGCCCUCAAAACCAGCCAGGGAUGCGUCCACAUCAUCCUGGCCCAGACCAAGGAUAAUAAGUACACGCUGAAUCAGAACAGCGCCCUGUUCACUAGCAUCCCGGAGGUGGUGCAGUACUACUGCACCGAGAAGCUGCCCUUCAAGGACGCAGAGCACAUGAACCUCCUGUACCCCGUGCCCAACAGACAGCAGUAACCUGCCUGGUGAACGGGGAAGAGACAAUGCAUCACCGUGGCCUCCCGACCAACUCUACCUGACACACAGAGAGAGAGAGAGAGAGAGAGAGAGAGGGGAGCAGAUGUUGCACAAUGCUGCCUCUACACAGGACAAACAGCUUCCAAACUGACUUAACAGGUACCAGCGGAGAAAUGCCGUCAUGCGUUACACACCUACAGCGUUGCAGUGGAAGCCAGCGGCUCAAAAGGAAGCCAUCUUACAACAGGGAGAUUGAACGUAAGCUGAGAGCGGCUGCUAUUCUACCCCAGGAAAAUAGGAGCGAGGGGAAUUGGCAAAGAGAAAUGAAAGAAGGAUCCUGAAGGGUCUCGAUCCGAAACGUCACCCGUUCCUUCUCUCCAGAGAAGCUGCCUUUCGCCGACAUGUGUUGGCUAACAUGGCCUGUUUGACCCUUGCAAUACAUGGUCGAAGAUAGACGCAAAAAACUGGGACAGGCAGCAUCUCUGGAGAGAAGGAAUGGGUGAUGUUUCGAAUCGAGACCCUUCUUCAGACUUCAGCAU